UGUGCUCACCUGAAUACGACACUGCAAGGAGUCGUUUGCUCUCUGCCACAGAAACAGCCCUGAUCGCUUCAAGACAACACGGAUCUUUUGAAACUAUGGCCUCCUCCAGCUCUCUCUCCAAGGCCAACACCACCUUCUCUCUGGCUCUGCUCAGAAAGCUGAGUGAGGACAACAAGACUGCAAACAUCUUCUUCUCUCCUUUCAGCAUCUCCUCAGCUCUGGCUAUGGUGAUGCUGGGAGCCAGAGGAGACACAGCCACUCAGAUAUCAGAGUGCUUGAGAAUCAAGCAUUGGGAGGAUGAUCUCCACACUCUGUUUGCCAAAAUACUGAGUGAGCCCAGGUGAAAAAAAGUAUACUUUAGUAUAUUUCAAGCAUACUUAUAUUUGUCAAAGUACAUUU